AUGGAUGGUUAUGGGAAUGGAGAUUUGAGCAAGGAGGAUCAGAGGAGAUCAGUGGAAGAGGAGUCUGCAAGGGGACAACGUGAAGACAGAGUAAGAGGAGUCUGCAAGGGACAACGUGAAGACAGAGUAAGAGGAGGCAAGGCAUCUUCAAAGAUGGGGAGAAACCGGAACAAUGGAACGUUCCCACUCUCUACAACUGGAAUUCGGGGACGAAUUCUAUUAAGGGGGGGAGAAUGUGAUACCCCGUAUCAAGACCUAAAACAUCCCAAAGGCCGGGAUGGGAAGAUCAACACUCUGGGAUUGGAAGACAAAGACGUGGAUCUAAUCCAGAGAUCACAACGAAGACUUGGAUCAAGACAGGAUCAAGAACGAUCGAGCAGAAGUGAAGAUACAGCAAGAUUGUCCAGGUGGGACGAUCAUUGUACGAACAUGGGAAGAGUCAACAGGACGACGAAAUAUCAAAGUUCUCCAAAUCAAGAAGAGAAGAGUUUGGACGACAUAAGAGACCAUUCUAAGAAGUUUGGUCGAAGCAGAAUGCAAAUCGGACGAGCAGAUUGA